AUGUCCUUUUUUGACAUCGAAGCACAAUCUUCAAAGGACAACUCCCGGUUUGAACCACAAUCCUCAACAAACCAAAAAACCAAGGAAAUAAGCGAUUUAAUUGAGACCUUCGCUGAACAGUCACGAAUAUUGGAAAAAGAAUGCGCCAAAAUAGGUUCUAAAAGGGAUUCCAAGGAGCUGAGAUACACGAUUGAGACAGAGUUGAUACCGAACUGUACCAGUGUAAGGGACAGAAUUGAAGGCAGCAUUCUUAUUCAUCAAAAUGGGAAAUUGUCAGGUGAUUUCAAGAACCUGAAGACGAAAUACCAAUCCCUACAACAAUCAUACAAUCAAAGAAAGAACUUGUUUCCUCUUAAGGCUACCAUUCCGCCAAAAACGUUCAAGGGAGGAAACGAUAUUUAUCCGCGAACUGAAGCUGUGCGACAAGAUCCUGAGUCCAGUUAUAUUUCUAUAAAAGUGAACGAGCAGACUCCGUUACUACAUGACGAAAACCAGCACCAACUACAGCUACAAGAGGAAGAAGAACAAGAACAUCAACAUCAACAGCAAGAGUUAUCCCAGGAAGAACUAGAUUUUCAAACUAUCAUUCACCAAGAACGAUCCCAACAGAUAGGACGCAUUCAUACAGCUGUACAGGAGGUUAAUGCAAUUUUCCACCAGCUCGGUUCACUAGUGAAAGAACAGGGCGAACAGGUAACCACCAUAGAUGAGAAUAUCUCGCACUUACAUGACAACAUGCAGAACGCGAACAAGCAGUUAACCAGAGCGGACCAGCAUCAAAGAGACCGGAACAAAUGUGGAAAGGUCACCUUAAUCAUUAUUAUAGUUGUGUGCAUGGUGAUAUUCCUUGCCGUAUUAAGCUAG